AUGAGAGAGACGCCGCAUUCCAAGAUCAUUUUCGUUGCGCACAGUAUGGGUGGUCUUCUUGUGAAAAAGGCGCACAUCGAGGCUCAUGGAAACCCCAACUAUGAAGACAUCGCAGGUCGGAUUGCAAGCAUCUUCUUCCUCGGUACUCCGCACAAAGGAGCCGAAAGCGCCAAGUCGGCGGAGCUACUCGUCGCUCUUUCACCGUUUCAUGGUGCCAAACCCUAUGUUAAGGACCUUCAACCCGCUUCCGUCAUGAUACAAACCAUCAACAAUGACUUCCCACGCUUCUCAAAGAACUUACAGCUAUAUUCGUUCUACGAGACUUUGGAAACUUGGGCAGGCACAUCACAAAUGAUAGUCAGCGCGGACUCCGCUGUUCUAGGCUACGAACAUGAGAAAAGGAUAUCCAUGAAUAAGAACCACCGCGGCAUAUGCAAGUUCGAAAGUCCCAAAGACCCGGACUUCAUCCUUCUUCGGAACUCGCUCUGUCAGGCGAUAGAAACGAUCAUGCGACAUGUGUCUUCGAAACAACAUGCGCACGAUGUGCAGAUGCUGCGCGGCCUGCAAGAAUAUCUGGAUGUGCGCGACAGACCGGAAGACGAUCUUUGCGAGCUGGAGGACCUCGCGCUCCCGGGUUCGGGUCUGUGGUUCUUGGAUCUGGAGUUGUUCCGCAACUGGCGUGAUAGCACCGUGUACGACAUGAUUCUGCCAGCGAGUCCAACCAUCCCUCAGUCUCUGGAAGUCUUAUGGGUCAAUGCUAUGCCCGGCGCAGGGAAAUCUACCUUGGCAAGCCAGAUCGUGGGCCAUCUUGAAGCUGUCAACAUGGACUGUUGCUACUAUUUCUUCUCGUUAGAAGAACGAUCUAAGUCAACGGUCAGUGGCAUGUUGCGAUCCAUAGCAUAUCAAAUGGCGCUACUGAACCCUUGUGUCCGGGAGAAGCUUCUGCGGCUGAAGGAGACUGGCGUUCAGUUCGAUAGCUCGAAAGAGAAGAUCAUAUGGCGGAAGCUCUUUGUUGGCGGUAUUUUCACAUGCCCCAUCCGUCGACCGCAGUACUGGAUUAUCGAUGCUUUGGACGAAUGCCGCGACUUCGAAGUGUUCCUCAACAUGAUCAGCAAACUGGAAGCGGUCUAUCAGAUAAAGAUACUAAUCACCAGCCGACCAACGCCGCAAAUUAGGACAAAAAUGGCCGUUGUAGGUGCGAGGGUAUCUGAACACAGUUUCGGGGCUGACGACAUUCAACACAACAUCAAGAGAUACGUGGAGAACGGCCUACAAUCACACAACCUUCAACGGGAGCCAGUGGAACGUCGGUUACAUCUCACUGAGAAGAUACUACAAAAGUCUGAAGGCUGUUUCCUCUGGGUGCAGUUGGUGAUGGAAAAGCUAGAGCAUGCUUAUAGCAUUGAAGACGUUGAGCGCAUUUUGGACGAGAUGCCACCUGGCAUGGACAAGCUUUACAAAAGGACGCUGACGGAAAUUCUGGAUACCGACGAGGAGGGCAAGAAGCUUACGAAAGCCAUCUUAAGUAUCGUCGUGUGUGCCAUGUACCCAUUGACCGUUGCGGAACUUGCUAAUGCAUUGAAAAUCCACCUUCGGAUUACAUUGCUUGAACAUGCCAUCAAAUCAGCAUGUGGCAAUCUCAUAUUUGUCGACAGGUCCAGCCGCGUGUGCUUAGUGCAUCAGACAGCCCGCGACUACCUGCUGAACUACGGGCUUUUUGAGACUUUCGCAACAAACUCGACGAAUGCACACCAUUCUCUAGCGACGUUAUGUCUGGAGUACCUCAAGAGUUCCCAGAUGAGACCCGUACGGAUGCUGGCCUCUCCUGGACCGUCCACAGUGCGCAUCGACCGCCGACUUGAGACGUCGCCGUUCGCCCAAUACGCAUGUCUUCAUUUCAGUGAUCACGUCCGUCGAGGAACUUCUGAAGACGACAUUCUGUUGGACAGCAUCUACAAGUUUCUCACAACGAACGGCCUGAGCUGGAUCGAACACGUUGCCGCGACUGGAAAGCUGCGACCCCUCAUACAAGCCUCGCAAAAUCUACGCGGCUUCCUACAAGCACGAGCAAAGCACAAGCCAUUGAUCGACAAGAAAUCACAGUGCGUGCAGCAAUGGUCUAUAGACCUGGUUCGUGUUGUGGCCAAAUUCGGCAAGAAUCUACUCAGGCUACCUCAGUCGAUCUACGGACUCAUUCCUCCCCUAGUACCGCGCGAGAGUGCUUUCCUCCUUCAGUAUGACAGCCGCAGGGGUAUUGAUGUAGUCGGUAUCUCGAACGACUCAUGGGACGAUCGGCUCUGCGGUAUGUCUUUCCAUGGGAAGCUUGCCACUGCAGUCGCGAGCGGAGAGUCUACAUUUGCUGUCGGCUUACAAAGCGGGAUGGUGUUUGUAUAUGACCAUGCUACGUUCCAGGAGAUUUGCUCAUUCCAACAUAAAGAGAUGGUCAAGAUCCUGCACUACAGCUCAUCGGGUGACAUGUUGGUUUCCGCAGGACUGAGACUCGUGAAGCUCUGGAACGUUUUUGAUGGCGUCAAAGUGUGGGAAGAGAAAGUUACCGCUGAGCCAUUGGCACUCUCAUUUGCUCAAGAGGAUCGCCAGAUUAUCGGCAUUACAAGAAACAAUGUUCUGGUGGUACGAGAUUCCACGGACGGCAGACUUUUGAAGAUGACUGUGCGCCCCUACUCGAAUGCAGGACGAGGUCUCCAGCUUUUUCCUGGUGGCGACAUAACAUGUGCCAGUCUUGAUGUCGCUUCGAACAUGCUUGCCACAGUACAUCGUGGUCAUCCGAUCAUUCUAUCAGAGCUCGAUACCAACGAAGAGAUUGGUCAAUGCGAGCCCGACUCGAGCUUCAACGCCGAAACGUUCGACUUCUUAGAGCCUGCUGCCGCGAUAGAGUUCUGCCCAAGCUCAGACAUCAAUUUGCUAGCCGUUGUCUACCGAGACGGAGGGCUUGCAACGUACGAUCCCAGCGCCCAAGGUGCGUUGAUCGACAUGGUUCAUGACUUCGAAGUCGAAAAACUUGCCUGUAGCCCCGAUGGUCGCACGCUCGCGGUCGGUGACAGUACUGGUGCGAUAUUACUUUACGAGGCCGAGACGCUGAGACUUCUUUACAAGAUAACUCAUAAGUCAAAUCAUGCCAUCCGGAAAAUCACGUUCAGUGCCAACAGCGAGCGUCUUAUCGAUAUCCGCGAGUCGCAAUGCAAUGUGUGGGAGCCGCCAGUCUUGAUGCGCACAGAACCUCAAGAGACGGAGAGCAUGUCAGAUAUGCUGCCAACGCACGACGAGAAUGUUAUAGUAGAAGAGGAAGUAGCGGAGAUCUCUGCUGUAGCUGCCACGGCUUGCGGCAAGUUCGUUUUGUGCGGUACCGAUAACGGCGCUGUGGCAUUGCACCAGACGGAAAAGGGAAGCCGCAUUCAGCUCCUGUACGAACAUGCGACAGGUAGCUGGAUAUCCCAAAUCGCCAUCAGCCCUAGGACUAUCGCGAGCAUUGGCGGAACGAACGAGCUCAUCGUAAAAUCGUACCAGGCUCUAGGCCAAUGGGCGUGCAAGGAUAUUCUGCACAUACACUACCAAGAGCCUAUACGCCAGCUGCUCUUCAACGAUCAAGGCUCCAAGCUGUUAGUCGUUUUGAACGACUCAGUCGUACAUUUCGACCUAGAAGCUGAUGGAAUCAGCAGCAAAUCUGAGCCGACGUCCGAUGAAAUCUGGGCUAACGACCCCAGCCAACCAAACAUGCUCUUCGCGAUACAAUACAAUAUCAUCACGCAAUAUUCAUGGAACGACUUUAGUUUGCUAUCAACCCUGGGGAAGACGGAGAUAUUUGCCGACGGAGAGCCAAAGUUGAUCGUGCAACACGCAGCACCAACGUCCGGCCGAAAACACAUCGGUAUCGCGUUGUCCAAGGGUGGCAAGCGCCCAUCCACGAUACUUACUGCUCUGCUAGACUGCUCGAGCUUCCACAAAACAGGCGCAGCUCCACACGUACUGCACCCUAUCGCGUCGGGCGAUGCCACAAAAGUGGAGCACAUCAUCGGCAUCCAGGGCAACAAGCUGUACUUCCUGGACAAGGACCUGUGGCUAUGCUCACUCACCCUCGGUGUCCAAGGCGCUAAAUGCGCACACCACAUGUUCAUUCCUGACGAGUGGCUCAAAGCGAACAACCGGCCUCUGCUACUCCUCACGACGAAUGGUGAACUGGUGAUUGCGAGAAAGGAUGAAAUUGCUGUCAUCAAACGACCGUUAACCUACACUAUUGCAUUCUGA